AAUGCAUAAGGGAUCGGGAUCUAAGGAAACGAGAAAAUUACGGAACACGACGGAUGAGGAGCGUUUAAUAAAAGAUUUAUUUAUGGAUUACGAUCCAGAUGCUCGGGCGGUGCCAUUAGAUUCUCACGUGGUUACGGUUGAAAUUCAAUAUACGUUAAUCAGAAUUCAGAAGCUGGACGAAAGAUCUCAAGUUUUGACUACAACAGGACUCGUAAUAACGGAAUGGAUGGAUAAACGUCUAACUUGGGAGCCGAACGAUUACGGGAAUCUAACGGACAUUGUCGUGCAUCCCGGACGGAUUUGGCUGCCGGAAUUGACGUUAAUGAAUGGAGCCGAGGAUAUGGUUCAAGACUUUGAAAAGAUCCGAGUACUCAUCUCACAUGUAGGAAAAUUACACUGGGAGCCUGGAGGAAUAUUUAGUACAACGUGCGAUAUAGAUAUAUCUUUUUUUCCCUUUGAUACACAACGAUGCCCGAUAAAAAUUGGAGCAUGGGCAUAUUAUAGUCAAAGAAUGAAUUUAACAAAUAGUUCAAGUAUAGUGCCAAUGCAUGAUUUUCGAAUGAAUGGUGAAUGGCAGGUGGUCUCGACUGAUGUAGCCUGGGGAGAAACAGUUCUACCUUGCUUCGUCUAUCUUACUUUUACGAUGACGGUUGGAACCCUAAGCGUCUGUUUGACUGUCCUUGUUUUAAAUAUUCAUCAUUUACACCCUGAGAAGCCAGUGCCUGGUUGGGUUAGAAUAUUUGUACUACAAGUAAUGGCCAAGUUUGUGUGCUUUCGGUCACCAAUUAUCAAAAGAAGCGUGAAUAGCAUUAAAGCAAUUUCGGAUCCAGAUUUGACAGCAAUUCCCAAUAAGCAUAACGGUCCUGCUAGACGCUUAGCAAAUCACUUAUUGUCGGACGGUGAAACGCCAUCUAGCGCUUCGGAUAGGUUACUCAGAGCCCUAAGUCUGGAGAAGAUGGAUCGAGCGGAGGAAAAUGACUGGAAGAAUGUUGCGAGAGUCGUGGAUAGAUUUUUGUUCUGGCUUGUGUUUACAGUCAUGAUCGUUUCGGCUAUAUGUAUUCUAUUGGCACCCUAUUAUUUACCAGUCUUCGUCGAGCAAUCUCGCUAA